AUGUCUGAAAUUUUGCAAGAGCUAGGUAGAAAGCUUGUUUUUCCUAUUGAUUUUCGAAGUCAAAAGAACACCGAAAGGUAUCAGCAGCUGAUUCUCAUUGCUGGGGCAAUUUUGGCCUCGCUUAUUGGGUUUUUCGCACAAUCACUUCUAUAUCUGGUAGUUACCUAUGGUUUGGCAAUCGUUGUUGCGAUGGUUGUAGUGUUACCAGCAUAUCCAGCAUAUACUAGAGAGAAGCUCGACUGGGUCAAGCCAAAAAUUUCCAUGUGA